CGGCCCGGAGCGCCCGGUUGGUCGGUGCUGCCGCGUGUGUGCGCUUUGCAGGCGGAAUAACCUCCGUCCUCAGCGAGCCGAGCAACGCCAAAACCUGGCCGGGAGGUUCGGGAGCAGGUGGACUAGUGCUGGUGGUGCAUCUGAUUUCCUGCUGGAAGCACUUCAAAGUCUCCACAAUGAGAUUGAUGUUGAUACUGUAUUUUGCUGGAGCCCUCAUCUGUUGUGCUCACUCAGCUGGUGACUCGGUACCCAGGUUGCUCCUUGUGUCCUUUGAUGGCUUCAGGGCUGAUUACUUGGAAACCUACAAACUUCCUCAUCUCCAGGAAUUCAUUGAGGACGGUGUGCUUGUCCGAGAAGUCACGAAUUCUUUUAUCACCAAGACCUUCCCAAACCAUUACACCAUAGUGACAGGUUUGUAUGAGGAAAGCCAUGGCAUCGUGGCUAAUGACAUGUACGAUGCAGAUGCCAAGAAAGUGUUUUCACAGUUCAACGAUUCAGAUCCCUUCUGGUGGGAUGAGGCAGUUCCAAUUUGGGUAACAAAUCAACAACAAGGAAAGGGAGCAAGUGCUGCUGCAAUGUGGCCCGGUAGUGAUGUAAAAAUCAACAACACCACCCCUCAUUUCUUUAUGAAGUACAACUUCUCGGUGAAGUUUGAGGAGAGAGCAGAGAGAAUUGUUUCAUGGCUGAACAGCUCCGAGCCCGUGGUCAAUUUUGCUGUGCUCUACUGGGAAGAACCGGAUGCAAGCGGGCACAAGUACGGCCCAAACGACACCCAGAACAUGGGCAGAGUCUUGGAAGAAGUGGAUAAACAUGUUGGCUUCCUGAUGAACAAACUGAAGGCAGCGGGGCUGUGGGACACUGUUAAUGUCAUCAUAACAAGUGACCAUGGAAUGGCCUCCUGCUCUGCAGAGAAGCUGAUUGUCCUGGAUAAGUGCCUCGGGCGCAAUAACUACACCCUGAUAGACAGGACUCCAGUUGCUGCAGUGCUGCCAAGGCAGAACAAAGAAGUUGUGUAUAACUUACUCAAAAAUUGCAGCAGUCACAUGAAGGUUUAUCUGAAGGAAGAAAUUCCAGACAGAUUCCAUUAUCGCCAUCACAGGAGAAUCCAGCCCAUAAUUCUGGUUGCAGAUGAAGGCUGGACAAUCGUACAGAACGAGUCCCUUUCCAAGUUGGGGGACCACGGCUAUGACAACGCCCUGCCCAGCAUGCACCCGUUCCUGGCCGCGCGCGGUCCCGCCUUCCGGCGCGGCUCCCGCCUGGGCGCCCUGGCCAACGUGGACAUCUACCCCGCCAUGUGCCACGUGCUGGGGCUCGCCCCGCGCCCAAACAACGGCACCUUGGCCAACGCCAAGUGCCUGCUGGCUGACCAGUGGUGCAUCAGCGUCCCCGAGGCCGUCGGCAUCGUCAUCGGGGUGUUCAUGGUGCUGAGCACUUUCACCUGCAUCAUCAUCAUCUCCAAGAACAGAGUGGUUCCCUCCCGGCCCUUUGCCCGGCUCCAGUUACAGAGCGAUGACGAUGAUCCUUUGAUUGGAUAGCGUGGGGGGAGCCAAGCCUGGCUUCCUACCUUGAGAUUUCAGGAAAACAGUUUCAAUUUGCACUGGACGGCAUUCUUUGUUUGAUGCACUUUAUCUGUGUAAAAUACUGUACAGCCAGACCCUGCUGGUAUGUGUGACUAGUGUAAUAUAAAAAUAUUUUUGUAACCAAACAGUGAACAGGUGGCUUUUUACUGGAAGAGAUGCUUAACAAAAUAAUGCUGCUUAGUUUUUCACUCAAGCCUCUGAACACUUCCAGAAUGAGACUCCAGAGUGUGACUAGCCAGGAUAGACAAAGUGAAUUUUAAUAUUUGUAACUGAUAAUUGCUUUUUUGUAUUAAAUUAGUAUUGACUACUUUUAGUGUUCUUGCACUUGUGUUGAAAAAAAAAAAACUUUAUUGAGAGUUACGAGUUAGUUUUGUUUCAAGCGUACAUUCUGGUGUGCGCUUAAAUCUGGGUAAAGAGAAAGUCCAAGACUUUUGUUUCUACCCUAAGUCAGCAACGUGACAAGAAAUUUCUGAGAAAGAAAAUAGAAGUCAGUAAUGAAGUAACUGGUGCAUAUCUCUUCUGUUUUGAGCAAUAAACUAUAUGGUUCAGCACUUACAAACCUGGGCAGGUGGCUGUGACAAAUUUCUGGAUAUGUGUUUCUGGAUUACUUAGAUCCACAGGUCCAGUUGGGAUGGCAUUACUGCCUCAUCUCAAGAAAGUAAUUUUAACUGGAAGUCUUUGAAUUACCCAGUUUCAUCAGCUGUAGAUGUAAAAUAACUGCUCCUAUACCCUGUGGAAAAUUUUUCAGGAGUAAAUUCUGCUGAAGGUGUUUUUGAGAUAAAGGUGGUUCUGCCCUGUGUACCAGCUCAUAAUUUUCUCUUGAAGGUUGUUGUGCUAAAAAGCAACAAUUGAAAAUUUGAUGUGCAUAUCUUUAAGCAAGGAUUCCAAACUCUUCUUUUAAACCCUGGAAGUUUAAAGGAAGAUGUUAGCAGGUCUUAUCUCAAAAAAUAAAUUCACUGUAAUGUUUGAGGUACAUAGAUGCAAAUUCCUGAUGAAGACCAGAGCUAACUCUUCUCUUAAUUGAAAGUCUUGAUUCUUUGUUAAUGGCCAUCUAGUAACUUGGCUACAAAAAACAGUUUGAUUAAGAAAGCCUUAGAUGGUACCUUGUCUUUCAGUGAGAUUAAAUUUGUUACUGCUAACCCAAAAAGAUAACUACAGUUAGCAAGUUCUUUUCCUACAAGUCUCAUGUUUUAAAAAGUAAAGUGACAGAGGUACCUGGUAGCAAUGGGGCUUUUCUUUCUCAACUUCAAAUUCAUUGCUAUUGGUGUUGGCCGCAGCCUUUUAGUGAUCCAACAGCAAGGGAGCAGGAACUUUGGAGGGAAGGAGUUACUUUGAACUGCCCACUGGAAAAAAUAAACUUGAGGUUUAUAAAUGUGUGGAAGUUUUAGUAAUAUGUGUCUUCCUCUCUAGAGAUUCCAUUGUUCUGAUUAAAAACACAAUCCAAAACC